AUGAAGCUGAUUUAUUGUUGUCUCUUGGCAGUUGCUCUUCACAGCAACCUGGCUGUUGCUCAGUUGAGCAAACCUUCAUAUCCUCAGAAGCCAUCGUAUCCUCUGCCACCCCAAUAUCCUCCUGCUCAGCCCCCUGCUCAGCCCCCCCCGUAUCCUCAACCUGCUCAGCCCCCUGCUCAGCCCCCUGCUCAGCCCCCCCAGUAUCCUCAACCUGCUCAGCCCCCUGCUCAGCCCCCUGCUCAGCCCCCUCAGUAUCCUCAACCUGCUCAGCCCCCUGCUCAGCCCCCUGCUCUGCCCCCCCAGUAUCCACAACCUGCUCAGCCCCCUGCUCAGCCCCCUGCUCAGCCCCCCCUGUAUCCUCAACCUGCUCAGCCCCCCCAGUAUCCUCAAGCUCCUCAAAAGCCUUCAUAUCCUCAGCCCCCCCAGAAUCCACCUCAGUAUCCUCAGAAGCCUUCGUAUCCUCAGCCCCCCCAGAAUCCUCCUCAGUACCCUCAGAAGCCUUCAUAUCCUCAGCCCCCCCAGAAUCCACCUCAGUAUCCUCAGAAGCCUUCGUAUCCUCAGCCCCCACAGAAUCCUCCUCAGUAUCCUCAGAAGCCUUCGUAUCCUCAGCCCCCCCAGAAUCCUCCUCAGUAUCCUCAGAAGCCUUCGUAUCCUCCUCAGCCCCCCCAGAAUCCUCCUCAGUAUCCUCAGAAGCCUUCGUAUCCCCAGCACCCUGAGAAUCCUCCUCAGUAUCCUCAGAAGCCUUCAUAUCCUCAGACCCCCCAGAAUCCACCUCAGUAUCCUCAGAAGCCUUCAUAUCCUCAGACCCCCCAGAAUCCUCCUCAAACUCCUCAGAAGCCUUCGUAUCCUCCUCAGCCCCCUCCACCUCAGUAUCCUCAUACGCCUUCAUAUCCUUUGCCUCCUCCACCUGAGCUCCCCCAGUAUCCUCAGAAGCCUUCAUAUCCUCCAGCUACUCCACCUCAGUAUCCUCCAAAUGUUCAUUAUCCCCAGCUCCCUCCAAGUUCAUUUCAAACUUGUGAAGUACCAGAGAACUACAAAAUACAAUGUGGCGCUUCCAGUAUCACUGCCACAGAUUGUCAAGCCAUAAACUGCUGCUUUGAUGGACACAUGUGCUAUUACGGAAAAUUUGUAACUCUUCAGUGCACCAAGGAUGCCCAAAUCAUUUUAGUUGUGGCCAGAGAUGCCACCCUACCCUACAUUGACUUAGAGUCAAUUAGUUUACUUGGAAGUGGUCCACAUUGCAGUCCUGUUGGUACUACAUCAGCUUUUGCCAUCUACCAGUUCCCUGUGACUGACUGUGGCACUGUCAUGACGGAGGAGCCUGGGUUUAUAAGUUAUGAGAACAGUAUGAUUUCUUCAUACGAAGUGGCAGUUGGGCCUUAUGGAUCCAUCACCAGGGACAGUCACUUUGAGCUGCAUCUCCAGUGUAAAUACACUGCUACUGCUGUUGAGGCUUUGGUCAUCGAGGUUGGUGUGGUUCCUCCACCACCAGGAGUUGCAGCUCCUGGACCUCUGCGUGUUGAACUCAGGAUUGGCAAUGGAGUUUGUGCUACCAAGGGUUGUGUCGAAGAACAAGUGGCCUACACCUCCUAUUAUGCUGAUACUGACUACCCUGUUACAAAGGUUCUCAGGGACCCAGUGUAUGUUGAGGUCCACAUUCUGGAGAGGACUGAUCCCAACAUUGUCCUGACUCUUGGAAGAUGCUGGGCAAAUACCAGCCCCAACCCAAGCAAUCUCCCACAGUGGGAUUUGUUGAUUAAUGGAUGCCCCUACCGUGACGAUCACUAUCUAACAAAACUCAUCCCUGUGGAUUCUUCAUCUGGAGUCACAUACCCAACCCACUACAGGAGAUUUGUUUUCAAGAUGUUCACUUUUGUUAGCGGGAAUGCAGCUGAUGUCACCAAGACGGCUCCUUCAGAUCAAUCAUUUAUUCCUCUCACAGAACAAGUGUAUAUACACUGCGAUACUUCUGUAUGCCAGCCUUCUGCUUCAGAUAACUGUGAACCAAAGUGCUUCAGGAAAAAGAGAGAGAUUUCUGGUUCUACCAAGAAACUCUUCAGAGAAGAGUCCACUUUGAUCAGCAGUAAGGAACUUAUCAUCACUCAACCCAGUUCUAGCAUCGUCCGUUAG